UUCUGCAAAAGUCAAGCCAAGAAGGAUCACCGAGUGAAGAAGCUUGACGUCACCAUGCAGUUCACCGUCAUGCCAGAGCUUCCAACGAUGCCUGCGCCCGAGGUGGUGGCCAAGACGGAUCAAUCCAUCACGCUGCGUGUGCAGUCACCACCGCAUGACGGAGACGCGCAGUACAAGCUGCAAGCGAGUCACAGUGAGCACGGCUACGUCUAUUACUCGUGGAAUGACUCAGUGCUCUUCACAGGCAAAAUGUUCCCCGUCAAGGGACUCAAGCCCAACACGACGUACGUGUUCCGAGUGCGUGUGGUGGACGAAGCCAAGCGCCAGUGUGGCGAGUGGUCGCCGCUCACGGCCUACACGCGCACGUUCACAGAGGAGGAAGACGCCAAGCGUUCGGGUACCGUAUUCGAGCACGCGCUCAAGCUAGAACGCGAGCAGAAGAGUAUCCUACAAGGCCAGAUCUCCAAGCUCACAGGUAUGCUAGAUGAACGCAAGACGGCGCGCGAGAACGACAACAAGGUGCAGCAGCACGAGGACAUGCUGGCCAGUCGCCGCGUCAUCGACACGAGACUCGUGAAGCUGCAGCAGGAGCUCAGCUCGCAGACCGCGGCGCUGCAGACGAUCAAGAGCCAACGAGCUGCAGACGAGCAGAUGAUCACGGAGCUAUUGAACGAGCAGGAGAAGCUGCGAGCCACGCACAACGAGCAGCAGGGACAAGCCCAGUUCGAGCUGGAGAUGCAGACACUGCGUGCUCAACUGGAGAAGAACGAGGAGGCGCUACGCAAACACCAGGAACAAGUGAAUGCCAGUCAUGAACAGAUCGCGAACUACGAGACGUCGUUGGAGGCUAAGAAGACGGAGAUCUCUCAGAAAGAAGAGGAAGUGGAGAGGAUCAUGGCCGACUGCAAUCGCAUGGUACAGGAGCAAGCCGAUCUGGCCCACGUCAAGCAGUUGGAAGUGGAGGAUGCUCUGCUGGAGGCCAAGACAUCGUUGGAGCAACAGCUGGACAUCAACACGUACUUGCGUGAAGAGGUUUCGCGUCUCCGAGAGGAGAACCACCACUUGAAGAACCAGAUUGAAGAAGUGGACUCGGAAGUGGUGCCCAAGCUGGUGCGUCUCGAAGACGAGAACGAACAGCUACGUGCACAACUCAGUCGACGGUAGACAGCUGAGAACUCGAUGGCCAUAGCUUGACUGUGGCCUUGUUGGUCUGUCUGCCCAUUAUGUAUACACACCGCCGUCGUGUGGCUAAAUAGCUUAUUGCAAUCCAUUCGUUCAAUUCUUUAGUGUCCUAAAAUCCCUCGUCUUCGUCCUCGUCGUCAAAUCCACCGAGCGUGAAGGCAUCGGCAGCACCAAGAGGAGGGAGUCUCGAUGGCGGUGAACUGGCUGAGAGAGCAGGAGACGGAUCAAACAUGGUGCGUGACGGCAGUUGACGUCUUACUGGUGUGCGGUCUUCAUCGACAAAGCCCUCGCCGUCGUAGGACGAACUAACCGACAUGUUGCAGGACCGACUGAGACUGCCCAUGUAGCUGUCAGCACGAUACGAAGCGUUGGGUGCGCUUCCAGCCAUACUCACGUCUUCAUCGACGAGAUCUUCUUCCUCUUCACUACCGUCGUCUUCGUCUUCUGCGUUCUCCUGCAUCUGACGGAUCGUGGCCUUGACAGAUUCCAGCAACUCGCAGUUCUCACUUGAUGUCGGAUCAGCGUGUUUCCAGUACAAAUACAACGGACCAAUAUACCGGAAUGAGCGACGCAAGAGAUAGGGAUCGAACGGGAAGAACGUCUCUAGUGGUUGACGUUGACCAAGCAGCGUGGAGGCAGACGCUGAUCCUGCUGUUGGUUUCUUUGAGCGCUCCAUCGACUUAGCUGACUUGGUCGUCGACGCCGAGACUGUGCCAAUAGCUUGGUCUACACGUUCGAGACACUCCUCGGAGACCAAAUCGAACGCCUCCACCAGAUUCAAGAACUCUGUUGCCACUGUUUGUUGACAAUAUGCCAGUGGACAGUAGCCGCUGCUUGUGACCAACAGCCGCUCCCAGCCAAGACUGCGCAAGAAUUCGUAGCCGGCGCCAUCGUCACUGGUAGCGAUCUCCAAUCCACGGAAACAAACCAUGUAGCAUACAGUCUGCAGUGAGGAAAUAAAGAUGCUUUCUUGGAAGCCACGCUCGCCUGUGGUGUGCAUUUUCUCCGAUUCCUCCAGCAAUCGCUCGUCUCGUUCAGCAGCAGUCUCACCUUCUCUCUCC